CGAAAAUCAGAAAAAAGUCUUUAUAUAACAGAGCAGAUGCUGAGCGUGAACUAUUUCGUUUAUAAACCGUCUCACUAUGAGGUCAGACGUUAGCACAUUACCGAUUCUUGUGCAUUUAUUGAGCUUGUGGAUUGUCGGCACUCUAGGAAAAACUUACGAUGUAGAACAAGUGUCUGGCAGACAUAUUAGUUUCCCAUCCAAGCAGGACCAAAUUAUUGCUAUACCGUCAUACUAUCCGGAUCAAUCAAGCCAUUGUCAGUGUCCUCCAGGACCACCGGGCCCACCUGGACCGCCAGGUCCACCCGGCUAUCCAGGUCAUAAGGGCCAUGAUGGCAAACCGGGAAUACCCGGUUUUCCUGGCAAGAAAGGAUACCCAGGCCCAAAGGGUGACAAGGGAGAUCCUGGUCCACGAGGUCAUAAAGGGCGAGAUGGGUAUCCAGGUAGACCUGGCCCAAUUGGACCUCCCGGCCGACCUGGCUAUAGUCCCCACCCUUACCAUCAUCACUAUGAUCGCGGUCCUUCAGCACCAAUUAUAAUACCCGUACCAGGUCCUCCGCCACGAGAAUAUCAUCAUCAUCAUCCAUAUCCUUAUCCACCACCAUACCCACCAAACCGUCGGCCAGACUGGAACGCUACCAAUUAUAACAAUGUUGACAUAGAUAACAAUAAUCGAAACAAUGUUACAAAUAAUGUGGACAUUAGGAUUUACAGACGAAGGGACGGUACACGAGGCUUAAUACAACUAAAUGAAAGUGGAGAAGAUGCAGAAGAUGCAGAAGAUAUAAAGGAAGACAGCAAUGACUCCGUGGAGAGUACACACAUAUACCGAACGGGAGCAGCCGCAAACAAUAUCGUUAUCGAUGAAACAGACUACGACGACGAUGGUCCUGCUGAGCGUUCAGUAAAUGGUCAUACCGAUUCAAGUUCCCUAUAUUCUUACAGACUUAUUGCGCUCUCAAAAUGA